AUGGUGCGUUCACUGACGCUGUGUUUGUUAGCGCUUCUUCAUCUCGGUCAUGCCGCAGUCUACACCAACGACUGGGCGAUUAGAAUAAGAGGCGACCUGCAUUAUGUGAACAGAACUGCAGAGAAAUAUGGAUUCACCAACAUGGGUCAGAUUGGAGACCUGAAGAGUUACUACAGCUUUCGCCACCGAGAGACGGCGCAGCGCUCCACCCAGUCCAACGAAGAGGUGGCUGGUAGCAUCGCCAAGGAGACCAAGGUGGAAUGGCUCCAGCAGCAGGUGGUCCAGAGAAGAGCAAAGAGGAGCUCCAGAGCAAGUCACAUCUCACACUGCAGCGGCGAGGCCGAGGGCUGCCUGUCUCACAUGAACAUCGCGGCGGCCUGGACGAGGGGCUACACGGGCAAGGGUGUGGUGGUGUCUGUCCUAGAUGAUGGCAUUGAGAGAGAGCAUCCGGAUCUGAAGCCAAAUUAUGAUCCUCUCGCCAGCUAUGAUGUGAACGGACAAGACCCAGAUCCCUCUCCGGAUCACUCAGGCGACGCUGACAACUACCAUGGGACUCAGUGUGCGGGGAUGGUUGUUGCCGCCGCGAAUAACUCCGAGUGCACGGUCGGAGUGUCUUUCCAUGCACGGAUAGGCGGCAUCCGCAUGCUGGAUGGAGAUGUGACAGACAUCAUAGAGGCCCGCUCGCUGAGCUUCAGACCACAGCAUAUUGAUAUUUACUUAGCUAGCUGGGGGCCAGAGGAUGACGGAGCCACGUUGGAGGGACCAGGGCCUCUGACUCAUCUCGCUUUACAGAAUGGCAUUAAGACAGGCCGACAGGGGAGGGGCUCUGUUUUCGUCUGGGCGUCGGGGAACGGUGGGCAGACGGGUGACCACUGCUCCUGUGAUGGCUACAGCAGCAGUAUCUACACCAUCUCCAUCAGCAGCAGCACUUGGCGUGGAAGCCGGCCAGAUUACCUGGAGCAGUGCGCCUCCACACUGGCGACGGCUUACACUGGCGGAGACGCAGAGGACAUGAUAACGUUGGGCCCGCAGCAGAGCUGUCGCCGGGCCCCGUCGGGCUCCUCCCUCUCCGCCUCCAUGGCUGCAGGUGUCAUCGCUCUUACUUUGGAUGCCAACCCGGCGCUAACCUGGAGGGAUGUGCAGCACAUUAUCGUUCGCACAUCAAAAGCUCAUCAUCUCAGCGCACCCGACUGGGCCGUUAAUGGAGCCGGAUACGAAGUGAGCCACCUGUACGGCUUUGGCCUGCUGGAUGCUGAGGGCCUGGUGAAGGAGGCGGAGCGAUGGAAGCAGGUUCCCUCGCAGCACGAGUGCGCGGAGGAGGCUCCCAUCCAGCCGAGCAGAGCCAUUCAUCCAGGCCCGGCGCUGACGUCCGCCUAUGAGGCCACGGGCUGCUCCGACCAACCCCGGCAGCACGUUGUUUAUGUGGAGCAUGUCGUCGCACGUGUUACCAUCACUCACGGCCGCCGCGGCGACCUUUCUAUUGCGCUCACUUCACCUUCAGGCACAGUGUCGCAGCUGCUAGCUAACAGGCCUCUCGACAACUCCACUGAGGGAUUCCACAACUGGGAAUUGAUGACGACUCACUGCUGGGGGGAGCAGGCAGCCGGGGAAUGGACGCUGGAAAUCAAAGAUACUCCCUCUCAGAAGAGAGACGAUGCUGAACUAGGGAUGCUGAAGGAGUGGUCCCUGGUGAUUUAUGGCACCGCAGAGCAGCCGUACCCGGUGCAUCGUGAGCGAGCCCGAUCAGCGGAGAUGCUGACGGAUAGUGACCUCACCGAAGAAUACAGUGGACCCUGCGACCCAGAAUGCAGUGACGAUGGCUGCGAGGGGCCCGGCCCGCAGCAGUGCGUCACGUGCUUACACUUCUUUCUCAAGUUCAAGAACAGCACAAGGAUGUGUGUGUCGGAGUGUCCCAAAGGAUUCUGGGGCGACCGCCGGCGUUGCAAGAGGUGCUUCUCCUCCUGCGAGAGCUGCACCGGGAGCCGUAGCGACCAGUGCACUACCUGUCAACCUGGUCACCACCUGACUGCGGGCGCCAACACCUGCACAGCCGUCUGCGGGGACAACUACUACCUCGACCAUGAUGCAAACACGUGCAGGAAGUGCGCCGAGAACUGCGUGAAGUGUACCUCCUACAGCAUCUGCACAGAAUGCAGUCCAGACACAAGUCUGCAGGGGAAUCGGUGCCAGCGGAGCUGUGCGCCCGGAUUCUACCACGACAAGCAGGAAGGCACGUGCGAGCCCUGUCACAAGGCCUGUGCUACCUGUGCAGGUGCAGGUGUUGAAGCGUGCAACCGUUGUGCGGACGGCUACUUGCUGGAGGAGUGGAGGUGUGUGUCCUCCUGCAGUGCGAGCUUCUACGCCACAGAGCCAAGCCCAGAGAUAGCUGAUGGGCACAGGAUAUGUAGGAGGUGUGACGCCAGCUGUCUCAUCUGUGCCGGGCCGAGCCGGGGGAACUGCAGCGGGUGCUCCAGCGGUCACAGGCUGCAGGAGGGAGUGUGUGUUGUCGACACUGUGUGCACAGACGGAGAGUACCAGGGCGGUGACGGGACGUGCCACGCGUGCGAUGCCACGUGUCUGAAGUGCACAGGGCCGCGCAGCGAGGACUGCAUCAGCUGCGUCGCUUCACGGGCUCUGGACGAGGGCGUCUGCGUGGUGGACUGCGCCAAGGGCAAGUACCAGUCAGGCGGCCGCUGUCACCUGUGUGACCACACGUGUGCCACCUGUACGGACCCGGCGCCCGCCAGCUGCGGCAGCUGUGACACUGAUAAGUUUGGAGUGGAGCGUUACCUGUAUAAAGCUCAGUGUCUGGAUGCGUGUCCAGAGGCCUUCUACCACACCGAGGAGAGGAGCUGUGAGCCGUGCUCCGACCAGUGCCGGCUCUGCACCGGCCCCAGCCACUGCCUCCGGUGUAACUCCUCCUACUACGUCUCUGAUGGAGCGUGUGUGAAGCUGGAGUGCGGAGAAGGGGAGGUGGAGGAUCCGGACUAUGACGACUGCAUGGCGUGUGAGGAGGGCUGCAGCAAGUGCGUCCUGUAUAACCCCCGGCACUGUCUGUCCUGCACUGAGGGCUUUUACAAUUUCCAGGAUGGCUGCUACAAAAACUGCCCAGCUAAGACGUACGGCGUGGACCAGGAGAUGACCUGCGUCCCGUGCGAUGAGAGCUGUGUGAGCUGUGAUGAACAUGAGUGCUACUGGUGUGAGACGGACCUCUUCUUAUCAGAGGGGACGUGUGUCUCGGUGUGUCCCGACGGUUUCUAUGGCGACGAAGACACCAACGACUGUGAGGAGUGUCACUCGGACUGCGGGACGUGCAGCGGCCCGGAGGACGGCGAGUGUCUGUCGUGCGAGAAGGGCCGGACGCUAGAAAAUGGAGCGUGUGGGCCUGACCACGAGGUCUGUCCCGCUACGACCUUCCUCACCGAUGAUGGCGCGUGCGAGGACUGCCACCCGUCCUGCGAGUCCUGCUCUGGAGACGGGAUGAACCAGUGUUCAACAUGUGCAAAAGGGCAGUUUUUGACCACGCAGCAAACAUGUGUGUCGAAGUGUCCGGGGGGGUUCUUCGCCAGCCGGCUCGGCGGUGUGUGCGCGGCCUGCCCCCCCGGCUGUUUACAGUGUGCGGACGCUCAUCGCUGCACCCGCUGUCUGAGCCCUCGCAAGGCUCCGUUAUUCCUGCAGGACGGACAGUGUGUCCAGCAGUGUGUCAGGGGUUACCCUGCAGGCCAGGUGUGUCGUGGCUGCGCGGCGGGCUGUGCGUCCUGUGGGAGGAACGCCACUCACUGUCUCGGCUGUGACGAGCCUCUCAUCCUGCACAAGCACCAGUGUGUGGAGGACUGUCCUCCAGCGCACGCCGUCCGGGACCGGGAGUGCCACCGCUGCCCCCCGGCCUGUCAGGAGUGCGGCCCACUCGGCCAGUGCACAGGCUGUGAGCAGUAUCACUUUCUCCAUGAGGGCCGCUGUGUGCCGGACUGUCCCGAGAGGUUCUUUGAGGACAAAGCGCGAGGGGAGUGUUUGAGUUGCCACCCCGACUGCGCCCUGUGCGACGGGCCGGGCGCCGCCGACUGUGACGCCUGCUCUGACUCCGAGGCCACGCUGCACGACGGGUCAUGUCUGGCAGCCUGCUCCGCCCACACCUACAGGGACACCGCGACAGGGGAGUGCAAAGACUGUGAUGUGUCCUGUCUCACCUGCUUUGGGCCCACUGCUGGCUCCUGCACCAGCUGCAGGGAGGGCCAGAGGCUGGAGGGCCACGGCCACUGUGUGCCAUCCACCAAUAAGUGCCUGCCCCACCAGUACGCCGACCAUGACGGCGAGUGCCAGCCAUGUCACAAAUACUGUCACAGGUGUUCAGGUCCCAGAAAAGCCCAGUGCCUGAGCUGCAACCCGAGACACCUCCUGCUCAAUGGCACCUGUGUGGACCAAUGCCCGUCCGGCCACUACGGGGACGAGUCGGGGCAGAGGUGCGAGCCCUGCCACCCUUCCUGUGAAGCCUGCGUGGGGAAGCACGGCCACGAGUGUCUCACGUGCAAAGCCCACCUAUUCCGAGAGGGCAAAGAGUGCGUGGAGACCUGCCAGCACGGUCACUAUGGAAACGCCGAGUCGAGGACGUGUGAGAAGUGUGACCCGAGCUGCGGCGAGUGCGUCGGGGGCAAGGAGGACAGCUGCCUGAGCUGCGCGCCGGGGCUCAUCUACAUGCGGAGGGAAGGCCGCUGCCUCCCGGCGUGCCCACAGGGAUUCUACCACGACGCGGCGCACAGGACCUGCGAGCCCUGCCACGCCAGCUGCAGAACAUGCUCAAGGACAGAUUCCCUCUCCUGUGACUCAUGCUACGCUGGUUACCUGCUCUCAGAUGGAACCUGCGAGUCCUCGUGUGACAUCGGCCAGUUUCCUGUUAUAAAGGGUUCAGGCCACGCUUGUGAGGACUGUCACAUCUCCUGCCUCGAGUGCCGGGGGCCCGGUCCAACCAACUGCACCGUGUGCCCUGCUCAGGCCAUCUUAGAAGCUGGAGGGCGCUGUCUGCUGUGCUGCCGCCACGAGGAAGGGGAGGAAGAGGAGGAGGAGGAGGAGGCCGCAACGCAGCAGCAGGACUGUUGCAACUGCACUGAGACUCGAGGCGAGUGCGUCCUCAGCACCAACUUGGCGUUCACGAACGAGGAGGAGGGGGAGGCCAGAGGGAACCUGACCGUCUUCAUCAUCGCCUGCGUCCUGCUGGUGCUGGCAUUGGUGGCUGUCGUCUUCAUCAUCAGACACACCCGUUCCAAGAGAGCUCCCCCGGACAUAACCCCCCGCGGCUACGAGAAGCUGGGCUCCGGCGGGGGAUUCGGAGGCGGCGGCGCCCACCGGGGCUACAGCUCCGCGUCCAACAGCGGCCGGGCCGGCUCCUCCGGCGGCCGCUUCCAGGAGUCUCAGCUCGUCGACCUCAGCGACCGCCGCUCACGUGGUAAGAAGAAGGAGGAGGACGAUGAAGAUGAUGAUGAUGACGAGGACAUUGUUUACAUGGGCCAGGAUGGCACCGUGUACAGGAAGUUUCGUUACGGACAACUUGGGGAGGACAAGGACGACGAGCUGGAGUACGAUGACGAGAGCUACACGUUCCGGUGAAGCACGAAGAGACAUCCCAUCCUCCUCCUCUGACCUCUGACCUCUGACCUCAUCUCCCUUUUGAUUCAUUUUGCUCUUUGCUGUUUAUCUCCUCCUGCCCUCAGGGACAGACCCAUUUGUCCUCCUCUGAAUACGAACCAAAUGAGACAUGUGCAGCUAUUUGUAAUGAGUUGUAUUUUUAAGACCGUUAUUUAUUCACAAAACCAAAUGAGCUGGGGAAAAUUCCACGUCAUUUAACAUCCUUAAAGACUUUUAACAUAAUUAAGCUUGAUUUUUCUAGACUUUGUUUUUGAUUAUGAUCACUUCCCACGUGAAGCAUAAUUUAUCGUGGGCGUUUACGAGUUUUGACAGAUUCAUUAAUCGUAUUAUUCAUCUAUUUGUUAAAUGUGUUGUUGGAUAAGCAUUUUACAUUUGAUUUAUCAUAUUAUUUCUAUACUUUUCUGUUUGCGGUCACUGAAUUUUGAUUUAAAAAUGUGUUCAAAUAAAGUCUUGGAAGGAAAUAAAUACUUUGAAUU